AUGGGCCGGGAGGAGAGCAAGGAGGAGCUGUGGGGGUACCCCCUGUGGCCGGGCGGGCAGCGGGUGCCAGCACAGGACCCCUGGGCACCGCGAGCCGAGCCAGGGUCUCCCCUCGCAGAGCUGCUGCUGACGCUCAACGUCUCUGCGCUGUACCAGCACCUGAAGGGCUUCGGAGGGUCCCUCUCCGACGCCGCUGCCCUGAACAUCCUGGGGCUGUCGCAGCCGGCCCAGGACAACCUGCUGCGCUCCUACUUCUCCGAGAGCGGGAUUGAGUACAACCUCAUCCGGCUCCCCAUGGCUUGCAGUGACUUCUCCGUGCGCCCCUACAGCUACGACGACGUCCCCCAUGACUACGAGCUGAAGCACUUCAGGCUGGCAGAGGAGGACGUGAAGAUGCCCCCGUGCUUGGUUCCCGCAGUCAUUGACCUGCUGAUGGUGAGCGAGGCCCGGCAGAUGGCCAGCAUCACACACAAGAUCCGGAUGGAGCUCCUGACCGUUAAUGACGUUUACCUCCUCUCCACCUUCCGCCUGCCUCCCAAGCAGGGGGGGACCCUCUUCGGCCUCUACUCCAAGAAGGACAACACGAAGUGGCUGGAGGUCUCCGUGGUGGGGAAAAUCAACAAAGUCCUGGUGCGCUACCUGCGGGAAGACAACAAGCUGCAUUCGGUCAACCUGCAGCACGCGCACGUGGCGGACGGGCAAAGCCACACCGUCAUCGUGCGCCUGAGCGGGCUGCGUGGGGACAUGCUGAGCGUGGAGCUCUACGUCGACUGCAAGCAGAUGGACUCCAGCGUGGGGCUGCCCGAGCUGUCGGAGAUCCCCCUGGCGGAGGUGGAGUCCAUUGAGGUGCGCACGGGGCAGAAGGCCUACCAGAGGAUGCAGGGGUUUGUGGAGUCGAUGAAGCUGAUCCUGGGAGGGUCCAUGAGCCGUGUCGGGGCCCUGAGCGAGUGCCCUUUCCAAGGAGACGAGUCCAUCCACAAUGCAGUAACAAGCGUGCUGGCAUCCAUCCUGGGCGAGCAGACCAAGGCGCUGGUCACCCAGCUGACCCUCUUCAACCAGGUCCUGACUGAGCUGCGGGAAGAUAUUAGGGACCAGGUGAAGGAGAUGUCUCUGAUCCGCAACACCAUCAUGGAGUGCCAGGUCUGCGGCUUCCACGAGCACCGGUCCCGCUGCAACCCCAACCCCUGCUUCAGUGGCGUGGACUGCAUGGAGACGUACGAGUACCCCGGGUACCGCUGCGGGCCCUGCCCGCCGGGGCUGGAGGGCAACGGCACGCACUGCGCCGACAUCGAUGAGGUGGGCACGUGCCUGGGGCAGUGCAACGUGGGCUGGGCCGGCAACGGCAACGUGUGUGGGCAAGACACAGACCUCGAUGGCUACCCCGACGAGCCCCUGCCCUGCAUCGACAAUAACAAGCACUGCAAGCAGGACAACUGCCGCCUGACACCGAAUUCGGGGCAGGAGGAUGCCGACAACGACGGCAUUGGGGACCAGUGUGACGAUGACGCCGACGGUGACGGCAUCAAGAACGUGGAGGACAACUGCCGGCUCUUCCCCAACAAGGACCAGCAGAACUCAGACACUGACUCCUUCGGGGACGCCUGCGACAACUGCCCCAACGUGCCCAAUAACGACCAGAGGGACACGGACAGCAACGGCGAGGGGGACGCUUGCGAUAACGACAUCGAUGGGGACGGCAUUCCCAACAUGCUGGAUAACUGCCCCAAGGUGCCCAACCCUCUGCAGACCGACCGGGACGAGGACGGCGUCGGGGACGCCUGUGACAGUUGCCCUGAAAUGAGCAACCCCACUCAGACAGAUAUGGACAGCGACCUGGUAGGAGACAUCUGUGACACCAACGAGGACAGCGAUGGGGAUGGGCAUCAGGACACCAAGGACAACUGCGCCGAGAUCCCCAACAGCUCCCAGCUGGACUCGGACAACGACGGGCUGGGGGAUGACUGUGACAAUGACGAUGACAACGAUGGCAUCCCUGACUACACGGCACCUGGCCCAGACAACUGCCGCCUCAUCCCCAACCCCAACCAGAAGGACUCGGACGGGAACGGCGUGGGCGACGUGUGCGAGGAGGACUUUGACAACGACACGGUGGUGGAUCAGCUGGAUGUGUGUCCUGAGAGCGCCGAGGUGACGCUGACCGACUUCCGCGCCUACCAGACCGUCAUCCUCGACCCCGAGGGGGAUGCCCAGAUCGAUCCCAACUGGGUUGUCCUCAACCAGGGCAUGGAGAUCGUGCAGACCAUGAACAGCGACCCGGGCUUGGCUGACAGCGCCAGCUUCUGCGUGGUGAUGUGGAGGCAAACGGAGCAGACGUACUGGCAGGCCACCCCCUUCCGCGCCGUGGCAGAGCCAGGGCUGCAGCUCAAGGCAGUGAAGUCUUCGACGGGCCCCGGGGAGCACCUGCGCAACGCGCUGUGGCACACGGGCCACACGCCCAACCACGUCCGCCUGCUCUGGAAGGACCCACGGAACGUGGGCUGGCGGGACAAGACGUCCUACCGCUGGCAGCUGGCCCACAGGCCCCAGGUGGGCUACAUCAGGUGA